CAACAAACAGUAAUGGACAGCAUACCGCCUGAAAUCCUUUCGGAAAUAAUAAUAUUCCUCGACAAAGAUACUAAGAUCUCUGCUUAUUCCACAAUUUCUCGGACCUGGCAACAUGCCAUUGAGCAACGAACAUUUCGGUCCCUCAAACUGACAGCAGAUGAUGUGGGCGCAUUCAAAGACUGCUUCGUCUCCGACAAUAUCCGUCGCGCGCAAUACAUGACUAAACUCGACAUUGAUCUUGCAUAUUGCCGCUCCAGCGUUCCCGAUGUCGCGAUUGCAUUCUUAAAUGCACUGUCGGAUAUCGCAAAUCGCGCCCCGAACGUACUUCCACUCACAUUAAGUCUUUCGCUUCCACACAGUCAAGGAGAAAGUGACAUAUGGGACAUUCAAUUGCCAGACAAUGCUCUGGAUAUACAUCAAGUUGAGGCCUUCGUGUUGCAAGUUUCUGGCCUGGGGUAUUACAUGCGUCAAGCUGCGGCUUUCAAUUUCCUCCUGCAUUUCCCCCGUAUUCGAAGCGCUAAGCUUUCAAUCAUGGACAUGCCUGAAUGGGGUCUUCGGAGAAGGAGGAGUGAGCGACAAGAGCUGGGGAACGCAAUCCAGGCAACUGAUUUCUCACACCUGACCGAGUUCGUAUUGACAGUAUGGCACAUCAGCCUUCGAGAUGAGAAUUGGCCACCGGGGUCGCUUGUACCGGGUGGAAAUCUCGAGGAUCCGUAUCGAACUACAAUGCGCCGUUUAUCCACAGCUCCAAAUCUUAAAACUCUCCACCUCAUGGGUCCGCUCGUCAUCUGUCCAGACUUCUUCUCUGAGCUACCAACAUUUCCAGCAUUGGAAGAUUUCCAGCUAGACUUCGCCACUGAGACUGCAGAUGACCGAUGGUUCUUUAUCCGAGACGAAGAACUGGAGAAAAGAAUGGAGGAGGAAGAUGAAGAUGACGAUUCCGACGACGAGGAAAGUGAUUCGGAUUCGGAUUCGGAUUCAGAUAAUCCCUGGGUAAAACUCACGGACCCAGAUGAUGAAGAAGGCCCACUGGAACACCGCGACGAAGGAUGUCCGCCCCGAUUCCGCACACUCCCCAAUCCAGACACAAUCCGCACACUACUUUUGGGUGCUGCUCGUUUCGUGCAGGACAAUCCGAAACUCCAAAGGUUCAUCCUCCGCAACAAAACCGCUCCGGGACUACGCGAGCAAUCUACGGCAAUGAUGUACGACUACAUGACUCGAAACCUCCAACUUUGGUACAUGAAGCCCGGCAUCCCCCGUUCAGAUGGUAUUGUUGUCAGGAUUCAGGGAGAGCAUAAAUAUUUGAGUCAUCCUCGGUUGUAUUGGAGAGUAGGCGAUUGGAGGCCAGAUGAAGAUGUUACGAAGGCGUGGAGUGAGGUGACUGGGCCGGAUACCAAAGUGUUCUUUCUCAAGGAUGAUAACUUCGAUCCUUGGUCGCAAUGGCCAAUUUACUUGGGUGAUCUCGAGGAUGAACUGGUGGAAUGA